ACAUUUGACUAAAAUAAAUGCUAAGUUUUAUCAUUAUAAUCCCUCACCAAAUACUGUUGCUAUACUUUCAGUAUCGAUGUAAACCAUGCGGAGGUCCUUACUUUAGUAAUUAUACGGUCUUGUGCCGGCACUUACAAGAACAGCACAGUGGAUUCCUAUGGCAGUGCCACCGGUGCUUCAAAGUGUUUCAAAGGCGUGGACAAAGACACAGCUGUCCAAAUAUAAAGACAGAGGAAUUCACCUUGCUGGACCCAGAGAAGCAAAGUCAAGGGGCUUAUGCCAAAUACCAGGAGUGGAAACGGGUGGUGCAGCCAACACUUUACGACACUACGGGAGCCGUAGAUGAAAAUAAUAACAGUCCUAUUAGGCAAAGUCUAGAUAAUAGAAUUAAAGACAUGUUGGCGGCGCCAAAUACCAUAUCCCCCCUUUCAAAUAUCUCAGAUACAGAACUAUCAGAAGUUUCUGAUGACCACUCCAGUAAAAUAACAAGCACUGAGAAAGAAAAAGAAAGUGAAAGUAAAAAAGAAAGAAGUGUAAGAAAGAAAGACAAGGAAAGCGAAAGAAACGAACAGUGUGAGGAUUCUAAUAUAGGGAAUAAGACAAGUGCAAUGAAAAAGAAUGAGAAGGAAGUUGAAAGAAAGAAAAACAAAAGUGAAGGAAAAGAACAAAAGAAAGACUCUAGUGUAGAGAAAAGUCAAAAGACAGGUGAAAUGAAAAAGAAAGAUAAGGAAAGUGAAAGCAAGAAAGACAAAGAAAGAGGAAGAAAGGAACAAAGUAAAGAUUCUAAUGCAGUGAAUAAGCAUAAGACAAGUGAAAUGAAAAAGAAAGAAAUGGAAUGCGAAAGAAAGAAAGAUAAAGAAAGUGAAAGAACCAAGCCAAGGAAAGAUUCUAACGUAGAGAAAAGACACAGAACGAGUGAAACGACGAAGAAAGAAAAGGAAAGUGAAAGAAAGAAGGACAAAGAAAGUGAUGGUAAAAAGAGAAGUGGAGACUAUAAUGUAGAGAAAAGUCACAGAACAAGUGAAACAAAAAAGAAAGACGAAGAAAACAAGCAAGGUGAAGAAUCAGAUAUUAAGGGAAGGAAGAAAAUAGACGAAAUGGGGGAGAAAAAGAAAGAAAGCGAAAGGGAGAAGCCAGGUUCCGACGAUAAUACUCAGACUGAGGAAGGACAGGAAGUAUUAGUUCUCAAGAAAGCACAAGAAAUGGGAGAGAUAACGACAGGUGGAGUGAAUGUAAGUGAGUGUAGAGAAAGUGAAGGCAAGAAAAGUGAUGAGGCAGAACUGUCAGUCAGGAAGCGACAGACAAAGGAAAGCCCUGGAGUAAGUGCAAAGAGAGUAAGGGGUGACAAUCAACCCCCUGACAACCACCAAGAAGAAGGGGAAACCGAUACUGAGGAGUCGAGAAGGCCACAAGACAACAUCCUUCGUGGUUAUAGUGUAGCACAAGCGGAUAGGAUCCUACUAAACAUUGGAGGCACCCACUUUGAAACAACCAUCCAAAAUCUCACUAUUGAUCCCAAGUGCAUUUUCGCAUUAGCUAUAAACAACGGCGAAUUAACAGAAAUGAAGACACUUACUUUCGAUCGGGACCCUACGCAUUUCAGGCAUGUUCUCAAUCACCUAAGAAAUAGAAUGUAUACAGACAUGAGAACCUUGCCAAACAGUAUUUCCCAGUUAUUGGAGUGUCUUCAAGAGGCCCAAUAUUAUGCACUGGAAUCCCUUCAGAGAGCCGUCGUGGCAAAACUAGAACAAUUAACUGUGGUUUCACCAUUAGUUCUGCCUACCUGGACUUCGUAUGCUGCGACUCGGUAAAUGAUAAAUGCAUGUACUUGUUAAGUUACUUUAGGAGAAAUACCUCCGUGUUUGUUUUAAGGAAGUGACGAUAAAGUUUGUUUUGAUGAAGGAUUUCGACAGCUGAAGUGUUAAUACUGUGUGAAUUAACCUUGACUUAAAGUACUUUAAGGUGUCAUAGUGA